GAAUCAUUUCAGCCUUCUUCUCAACCUCACUUGAUCACCUCAACUCAGCCUUCAGUCAUCAUGGCCUUCAUUUUGUCUCGUAAAGGUCCUGGAUCUGUGCAUAAAUGUUCCCACAGAUGGGGCAACGUUGGAAAGAAACUUUCGAGAAUUGUUUGAGCACUUGGAUUAGACUUGGACCCCCUCUAGAACUUUGAGCCAACUUGAACCGCAGACUCUACCAUGCCACAACCUAGAAGAGGCCUCAGGUCUAGAUCAGGAUGUAUGACUUGUAGACGCGCUAGAGUGAGAUGCGACGAAAAACAUCCGAUAUGUGAAAGAUGCAAUCGUCUAGGAUUAAAUUGCUCAUACCAGCCAUUUGUGUCUCGAAAUGAAAGAGAACGACAGCAUCGAGAAGCGAGAGAAAGGCCAAUCCCAGUUCAGAUCAUCCCAAAUGUCGUUGCAUCGCUACCACAUCCAACACCGGCAGAUGUCAACGAAUUUCUCCAUGCUGUUGAAGAUGAAGUAUUUCCCGAUAUGUGGAGCAUGCAUGAAUGGACGACCAAUAUGGGGCAUGGAUUCAUCUUACCCGAAGGUUCCUUUAAUCUCGAAAUAUUUGACGGACUCGCUUCAGUGAACAAGGGAACUUGCACUACUAGCCAUUCGUCGCCUUUUCAACCUCUAAGAGCUCUUGACCUUGUAGGUCGAGAUAAUGUUGUGUUUCAGGAUGAUUAUUAUGCUCAAGGAUGCGUCACACUCCAUUUCCCAAAUCUGCGUCAUUCGAAUCCCUUAAAACUCUCGCCGUCAGAGAAACGGGCGGUUGAACACUACGAGAAGACGUUGUCAUUGAAGUUCACCACUAAAAACCCAACUUGGUCAACCCAGCAGAUAUACAUUUGUCUCGGCGCGCAAGAUCCUCUAAUUAUGCACUUGCUGCUUGCGAUAUCAUUCCGUGAUUUGUAUUUCAAAGAUAAAGAUAAUGAACUUCACGACCUUGCCCAAAAGCAUUUUCGAGCUGGAAUUGGCCGUUUACUGACAGCUAUUUCCGAGGAAGAAUCGCCACAUCAUCUGAGUAUCAUGGCAGCUUUCUGGUUCCUGUAUAUGCUUGGAUCAAGUCAAAUCCAUGCGGGUAUCGGUACGAUGAUGCUCUUGAGUAAAGUUGUAUGCGAUUAUGUUCAAACGCAUGUAGUGGGUCUUCUAGAUCUAGAUCCAAUCAAUAAACGGCACGAAGAUCCUCCGCCACCUUUCCACCUUCGUGAUCAAUCGCUACUAGCUCGAGUUACAAUUUGGAUGUUUUAUGCCGAUGUUGGAUUUUGCUUUUGUUACCGUGGUGGGGAUCUUGCAAGAUAUCUUUGCAUCGACACAAAGAAUAUACCCAAAAUCGUCGACAUGGGCCGUGCUGUUCUUGCUCUGAAUUUUGAUCGAGAGUAUCCACCAGAUCAGGCAGCCGAUGAUAGUCAAAACCUCGAAGUACUAGAUCUUCUAUGGAAGUCGGCAAUGAUGUGUCAACUAGUGAAUGACCUUGACCAAAACAUCCCUUCAGACGAGAUAGAACAGCAAUUUUGUGAACUCGAGCAAACUUACAGCUCUACAUUUGAGCUCGCUGCAAUGGAUUUGGAAACUCGUCCAAGGUUUCUGGUCAACGCCGAUUGGAUACUCAGUUACUUCUACGCUAUACGUAUCUACCACUUUCGAUAUACUACCCAGAAUGAAGAUCGCAACGCGAGACCAAAGGUAGUCAAACGAGCUCUAAAAUCACUCUUAGACAUCGCUCAAAGAAUCUUUGCGAAGGGCGACGAAGAACAUUACGAAAGACUUCAUUGGCCCUUAUUCAUGGCAGGAAUUGAAACCACGGAUACCAUACAUCGGGAAUGGAUCUUGAAGAAAUUCUCAUCUGGAAAGUUCAAGACUGUUUUGGAAAAGGUGUUGAAGAUUCAACAUCUUAGUGGAACAAGAGUUCAUAUGUCUUUGAUUCGCGAGAUGUGCUCCAAGGAAGGAGAUGCUCCACGUGUUACUUUCCUUGGGUUUUGAUACGAACAAUCUUGGUUUUUAAUUUGCACCUAGCUUUUUUGGAUAUCCGUUCUCGGUUAGGGAGUUCUUGAAGCUGUAUAGCGUGGUGUUGGGAGGGCAUUGUCUUCACCUGGGUAGAUGUGAGGAAUUCUCGUAGACGUUUUCAUGGGCGAGCUGGCAAGCUCAUUACCCUUUAUACCUCUUGAUUGUUGUUGGUUUGGUCUCGCUGGUACACGAUAAGAUGCAAAGUCUUUAUUGGCAGUAGAGGACAAAUUAUUUAAGGGUUAUUCUAGUAUA